ACGCUGUUCCGGCGUCAAAACUUCACCUCUCACCAGCGCACUUAUACCCAAUCGCUUCGCACACGCACACCAAACCCGCACGGAUCGCGUCGUUUCUGUCGUCCUCUACUCCACCGAUAUCUGCACGGUACACGCACGACUGCAGCCGAGCCGAGAAGAACGUGACGGCGAUCGCUGACCACCGGUGGUGACAUAUAUAUAUAUAUACAGACAGACAGACAGACAGACAACUCCUCGACCAUAACCAUGGUCGGAACAAGACACUUGGUGUUUUUGGCCGUGUACGUCCUAUACGUGCAAUUGUCAGCCGCCUAUCCAGUCUACCAAGAAGACGACCACUACGACGGUCACGACCACGGACACCACCACGGUAUACCACCGGCCACGUCGUACGCUACCAUAUCGACGACGCACGUCAAAGUACAACACCCACAGGCGGCGCCCACGAAGUACGCGACUCCGUACAAACAUGAGUAUCUGACGCAACCACAGAUGGCAUACAAGUACAUAUCACUACCGUCGGCCGUUGCUCUGCAACAGUCGGGUAAAUUCGAAGAGCCAUCCACGUCAGGUUACAAGUACCUGGCCGCGUCACCCACGUAUAAGUACGUUCAACCACCGGCGGUGACCACCGAACCAGAAGCCGCGGAGGAGCCAACCAACUCGUUGAAGUACGCGCUCAAAUACGAACAGAAUUCGUUCAAGCAGGAACAGGAACAGCAGCAACAAUUGCAGCAGCAAUUCCAGCAGCAAGAGUACGAACAGCCGGCUGUACAGUACAAGUACAUAGCCGUGCCGUCAUACAAGUACGUGCAACAAGUGGCCGCGGAACCAGAAUACGGUCAGCACCACCAGCAGCAGCAGCAACAGGCUGCUGUUUCUUAUGACUACACCGAUGACAAGCAAUAAUAAACUAUAAUAUAGUAUAGGACAUAGAUAGGUAAUAACAACCGUGAUUAUCAUUUAAGGUCCCAAUGCCUUAGGCUGCAACGGUGUAUUGAACUUAACAAAUUGGCAGAGGUGACCGUUUUUUAUUACUAAUGUUACCACUUGAAAUCGCUAAACAUAUUAGCUUUAAGUAUCAGCUGCAGUUACAAUACAAGAUAACAAUAUGACACUCCCUUAAAAAAUACCUUAGUCACCUCUCAAAUACCUCUUCCGUAACGCUGUUGCCCAAACUUGCCUGCAAUAUAACCACGUUGCUCGUUAUUUUAGCCCACCACUUCAAUCUACACCCUUACUCUUACAACAUAUUAUAUACUUAAUAUAAAUAUUUAACUUUUGGGAGUGAUAAUUAAAAAAAAUAUAUAAUCUUACGUUUGACGUUUAAUUAUAGUAUGCGUUACGUUUUAUGUUUGUUGUUGAACCACGCAUGGACCAUUUAUAUUUCUCUAUCUUUCUCUCUGUGUUGUUCAUUAAAUUACGCCAAUGAUUAUAUGUUGGGUAUACUUAUAUGAUUAUAUGUAUUAUUGUUAUUUUUUUACCAUGUUUACCAUUUUUGCAAUAUUUCCCGUGUUAUACGCGUCCCUCUGAAACACAAGUAGAGGUUUAAUCGCUUAUUCUUCUUAUAUUAUAUAAUACAAAUACGAUUACAUAUUUUAUUGUACUUUAGUUAGAUAUAGUAUAAUUAUUUUUUUAAUAUAUACAUAUUAUAUAUUUGUAUAUAUUAUAAUAUAAUGUACGCAGUACCUAUACUUCCGUU